AUGGUGAUCCUGGCGAGUUUCGUCAUUCCGGAGUGUGAUCGGAUCGCGAGGGCACUUCGGGGGGUUCAAGUCCCCAAGGAAAUUACCAAAUUCCAGAGACUCCUGUUUUUCAUGCAUUCCCUCACCCAAAUGACGGAUCGAAGGAGGCCCAAAUCCCACUCUUCAAAAGUGUUCUAUGCAGUCUGGCUUCUCUUCGCUGUCGUCUUCGGAGCCAUAUACUCCAGCACCUUGGUCUCCCAUCUCAGCGUGAGACAGUACAGCAAACCCAUCGAUUCUCUUGAAGACCUUCUCCAAGCAGUGGAAUUCCAAGGUUACUCCUGGGGCACAGUCGAGGGAAGUGUUCUGCUUGAUCUCUUUCAGACCAGCGAAUCCGGGAUAUACAAGAGCCUAUGGGAAGAAGGGAACAAAAGAGGCAAGACAGUGUUCCUGGCCGAUAGCAUCGAGCAGGGGAUCGUGAAGGUCGACAACGGAACUUUCGCUUUUGGAUUCAGCGAAACUGCGUGCCGAUAUUGGACAUCCAUGCGCGGGAAAUACCGAUUUCACCUGGCCAAGAAAACUUUCUUUCCUCACAGUAGUGGCAUGGCGGUCAACAAGGGCGCUCCGUAUCACGCCAGACUCAAUUCAGAGGUGAGGAGAUUCGUGGAGGCAGGGUUCAUCGGGCACUGGAUGCAGCAAGUAUUCGACUCGGCUAGCAUGCAAUCCUAUCAAAAGGGGAAAGAAGACGAAGGCGAGGAUAAACCUCUCAACUUGAAGGAUCUCCAAAGCGCUUUCUAUCUCCUUUUCAUCGGGCAUGGAAUUUCCCUGCUCCUCCUCGUCGCAGAGAACUUCGGGAGAUGCAUCGUUGAGUCUUGCAACGAUGCUAGGAUGGCCGCGUUGAAGUCAGCACAGGCUUUCUUCUUCCUCGCUUUCGUCUCCGAGUUCCUCCUCGGCUCAACGUCUUUCAUGGGAAGCUUCAGUCUUCGCAUGCUCGAAAUAAGGAGAGAAGAGCAGGAAUUUUACGGGGAAGUGAUUCAACUCCUCCAACCGGACAUCAUCAUUUUUACAAAUGGUACGGUUUUCCACAUAUUCAAAUUCCUUGAAUACCAAGUUGGCUCUGUCUUCCGGUUUACAGGAUCCAACGCCGACAACAAAUUUCACCUCCACACGAACAUCCCGGAUGUAUCCACUGACGGUUCCCACAUGAAGCACCUGUUGUCCUUUGGAGAUGAGAGCUUUCCUCAUUGCCCUGGGGAAAACCCCUGGGACUGCCUUUUCCCCGAUUUGGAGGCGAUUUUCCGGGAUUUCCGAGGGAGGACACUCGUGGUGGCAGGUGCGAAGGAGGGCAUGCCCUUCUUCUCCUUUCACGAUUUCCACGAUCGUGUCGUCCCAGACGGAGGGAUUGAACUCAGUCUGGUCGACUGCCUUGCCAGGACACUUAAUUUCACGUACGAAAUCCUGGAUGACUAUGAGGCGACGAGCCAGAAAGACGAAGACGGGGACUGGGGCGUGUCAACGGGGAACGGAACGUUCACGGGCCUCAUCGGACUCGUCCAGACCGGAAGAGCUCACCUGGCGAUAUCCGAACUCACCAUCACGCAAGACCGGACGAGGAUCGUGGACUUCACCUACCCCCACGCGAUGGACGAGGCCACGAUCGUCAGUCCCAAGUCUUCCGAGAUCACGUCUCCCUUCAUGAUCGUCCAGCCCUUCAGCGUUUGGGUUUGGAUCUUGACAGUGCUGGUAGUGAUCCUCUCAAGUUUCGUGAUUGCGGAGAGCGAUCGGAUCGUGCAGGCCCUUCGGGGCGCUCAACUCCCCACGGAACGAACUUAUUUCCAUAGACUCCUGCUUUUCUUGCAGUCUCCCAUUCAACAGACUGUUCGAAGGAGGCCGAAAUCCUAUUCCUCUAGAGUUUCCUUUGCAGUUUGGCUUCUCUUCGCCCUCAUAUUUGGAGCGAUAUACUGCGGCACGUUGAUCUCCCAUCUCAGCGCGAGACGAUACAGAAAUCCCAUCAAUUCCUUGAACGACCUCCUCAACGCAGUCGAAUUCGAGGAUUACUCGUGGGGCACAGUGGAUGGAACCGCCUUGCUCCAACUCUUCCAGACGAGUGAGUCCGGCCUGUACAAGAGUCUAUGGGAGAAUGGGAAUGCGAGGGGCAAAGCCGUGGUUUUGACAGAGAGCAUCGACGAAGGGAUCUCGAAGAUCGAGCAAGGAAAUUUCGCUUUCUUGUCUGGGAAAACUGCGAGCCGGUACUGGACGUCGAUGCUCGGCGAAGAGCGGUUCCAAGUGGCCAGGGAAACGUUCUUUUCUCACAGCCAUGGCAUCGCGGUCAGCAAGGGCGCGCCGUAUCACGCCAGCCUCGAUUCCAAAGUGAUGAGAGUCGUGCAGUCGGGGCUCAUGGACCACUGGAUGCAGGAAGUCUUCAACGCGGCGCGACUCCACUCCCACCGCUGGGACGGAGAGGGCGACGGCGACGAUAAGCCGAUCAAGUUGGAGGAGCUCCAAGGCGCCUUCUACAUCCUCCUCAUCGGACACGGCGCCGCCCUGCUCGUCCUCGCAGCGGAGAGAUCCGGGAGGCGCGACGGCGCCGCCGGAAGUCCGAGAUGCAGCGCCGGCAGAAGAAUCGUGAUCGUGAAAGACCGGCGGAGAGGACCCAAACUCACUCUAUCCGAGAUUCUCGGCAUUCAUUCUGAGAAAAGCCCAAAGUCCCCCAGGCGUCGCAGACACGCUAGACGUGUCACCACGAAUGCCGUCACAAAUACCUCCAUGACUGCUCGGGAAUGCCACGAAAUGGAGAAGCCUCCACCAUUUGAUAGGAGGAACCUGACAAGGCUGGUCGGAGAGUAA